AUGACACAAACUCAAGUUCAACAAACACACAAACUCAAAUUCAACCAAUACCCAAUUCUCAAGUUUAACAAAUUCCACACCCUCAAGUUCAAAAACACCAAAAACUCAAGUUCAAAAACACCACAAACUCAAGUUCAAACACGACACAAACUCAAGUUCAAACACAACACAAACUCAAGUUCAACAAACACACAAACUCAAGUUCAAACACGACACAAACUCAAGUUCAAAAACAACAGAAACUCAAGUUCAACAAACGCCAAAAACUCAAGUUCUAACACGGACAAACUCAAGUUCAAAAACACCACAAACUCAAGUUCAACCAAAACCCGAUUCUCAACUUUAAAAAAUUUCACACCCUCAAGUUAA